GGAGCUCAGACUACAACAUUUUCCGUCUUUUAUCCCUCUACACUUUUUCUUCUUCCUCUUCUCCCUAACUACCUCAGUAAUGCCCUGGUAAUUUUGUGUGCACUAGUUAAUGAGCAUUAAUCCAUCACCCCUGGAUGCUAUUGUUGCAGGGGGGGUGGCAAUUUGAAUGCAAAUGCAUGACACUGUGACAGCAAGGUGCUUAUUAAACUGAUGUGUCCUCCUGUCUUUUCUGCUGGGAGCUCAGGAGAGUGAAAAGACGCGGGGCAGCUGGAGGAGCUGGUCGGACUAUACCGGGAGUUGCUCACACCAAGUCCUGUUCUGCUGCAAGCAAAACAUCAACAACAAAAUGGCAAGUUCUGCCUCUCUGGGGACGGUGAUGUCCUGCGGUAGGACCGGACCGUCCGCGGCUCCUAAGACCCUGGCUUUCUCCAUAGACCGGAUCAUGUCCAAGAGUUCGGAGCCGAAGGAGACCGUGGACGAGCGGUCAGAGGGGAAGAAGCUGCUGGGGCUCUGCUCCCCGAUCCCCUGCAUGAUUCCGCUGCAGCCCUUCAGCUACGACCUCCAAGCCAAGGCGCUGAUGAACUACUCGGAGUUGUGGAGAGCCAGUUUCAGGGGGACUUUUUGUGGAUCCGCAGCCGCUCCCUGCAAAGGGAACUGCGGCGUGUGCGGCAAAGCGGAGCCGGGCUUGAAGCAGCCGCUGCUGACAUCGGGGAGCAGGGUGGUGAAACCACAGGUCAUCCACCAGGCCGUGGCCGUGCCCAGCGGCGGCUCGCUCUACUAUCUCAACUACCUGGACUCUGCGUACCAGCAGUCGGAGCUGCUGGCCGGACACUGGUUCUCGAGCCCGCAGGUCCAGGCCUCUCUGUCGGCGCACCACAGACUUUUGCUUCUGGAGAACGCCAAGCUGGCCGGGGUCGGGGCCGACAAGCUACCCACACCUCAGUACCCGCACAAGGAACAUCUGCCAGGGCAACUGGACCAGAUAGUGAAAGAGAACAGCGGCCUGAGCGCCGAGAAGAACGGCAUCAAGACGCACAGCAAACUCAGCAGCAGCGGCAGCAGCGCUGCUGACGGAAAACCCAAAAACUUCACAUGUGAAGUGUGUGGAAAGGUUUUUAACGCGCAUUAUAAUCUGACCAGACACAUGCCGGUGCACACCGGGGCCCGGCCCUUCGUUUGUAAAGUGUGCGGGAAAGGAUUCCGGCAGGCCAGCACGCUGUGCAGGCACAAGAUCAUCCACACACAGGAAAAGCCUCAUAAAUGCAACCAGUGUGGGAAGGCGUUUAACAGAAGCUCGACGCUCAACACUCACGUACGGAUUCACGCAGGAUACAAACCUUUCGUCUGUGAGUUCUGCGGGAAAGGUUUCCACCAGAAAGGAAACUACAAGAACCACAAGCUGACUCACAGCGGAGAGAAGCAGUACAAGUGCUCCAUCUGCAACAAAGCCUUCCAUCAGAUCUACAACCUGACCUUCCACAUGCACACGCACAACGACAAGAAGCCGUUCACCUGCGCCACCUGCGGCAAGGGCUUCUGCCGCAACUUUGACCUGAAGAAGCACAUCAGGAAGCUGCACGACAAUGUCUUCUCGGCGGCCACAGAGGCCUCCAGAGAGCUGCAGAGCUGAGGCAUACUGCUAAUUCCCCCAUUGUAAUAUUCCACCUCGGACUGUUAGGCCUCAAAAAAGACUGGCUUAUGUCCUGCAUUUGUUGCCACAUUGAACAGUUUUUGAAGUCCAGAGAGAAGGUGCAGUCCAAUAAAACUUGACACGAUCCCUUGAAAAGAACUGUGCAAUCCUAUAAGUGUUAGGAUCCUGCCCAAAAUGUCCCAGCAGUGACACUGUACGGAAUACACAACAGACCAGAAGGAACAACACCACCUUACACUAAACACUGGGUCCCAUACUGUGGGAAUGUUAUAGGGAUUUUUUUCUGCCGAGAUCAGAUUUCUUCCUGCUGUCCAGGCAUCAAACAGGGGAGAAAUCAUCUGUCUCGAUGACAGAACUGUAAAUAAUAGGUUAUGAAAAUAAAGAUUGUUAUUUAAAAUGUGAAUCAUUGCCAUUUUGUGUAUUUCACAGGAAAAAAAAUGUAAAUGUGAAUUAAAAAGUUCUAAC